CUUAUGUCUCUACUUGCGACUCUGUGCCAACCACGGCUUCACAACCAUCGCCAUCAUCAUCUCAACCAGGAAGCGCUCUGCCUUGGGUUUUGUGGAAUUAACACAUACCUGUGAUAGUACCCUUCUGUUAUGAGUGGCCGGGCGAAGCCGCUGCUGAAGACAGCCGCGGCGGGAGCACUGCUGGGCAUCAGCGUCUACGUGGGCGCCGACGUGCUUGGCGAAUACACCACUUACACCGCGCUACGCGACCAGGGGCUCAAGUACGCGGCGCAGGACUCGGCCCUAGUGGCCCAGAUUGGCGAGCCUUUCCAGGAUGGUCCCUGGUACAACGCCUCCAUCGGCUUCACGCAGUCGGGACACAUCGCGGCCGUGACAUUCCCGCUCAAGGGCAGCAAGCAGAUCACCGAUGUGACCGUGCGCGCCGUGCGGCGACCAGGCGUGCCCUCCGUAGCCAUUUACAAUCUCACGGGCGGCGAGUGGAAGGUGCUCGACGCCAGCGCUAUGGCGCCGCAGCCGGGUGGCAUGGUCAAGCCGCGCAGCAUCAUGCCGGCGCAGGCCGUUCCCAAGGUAGUUGACGGGAAGGUGGUGGCAGGCGAGGAGUGCGAGGAGUGCAACCAGAAAGCAAAGGCCGGGUCAAGCAGUGGCAGUAGCGACAGUAGUGGCAGUAGCAGCAGUGGCAGCGGGACCACCGGGGCGCCAGCUGCGGCUACAGCUGCUGCUGCUGCCUCCGGGACGAGCCUCGCACCAGAGGCGGGCGGCUCAGGAGCGGCGGCGGCACAGGCCGCGCAACAGCAGCCCAAGCGCAAGCGCUUUUGGCUUUUCUAGACUGCGGAGGCCGUCAGCUGUUGUGGAGUCGUGCCGGCUUGCUUCUAAGGGUGCCGCGGUGUCAGUGUUGGGAGGCACGAGCCCUAUGCCCGCGGCCGGUCGUCGUGCGCACUCCGGCGGAUAGGGUAUCAGCUCGGUCCGGUCCGGUGAGGGUCCCGCGGCACCCUAGGCGGAAUCUCACAGGGGACGCGGAGUUAUAUGGACCCAGGAACGCGAGAGGCGAGGCCGGCCCAGGCUGUAUCACAGGGUGGGCACUUCACGAGCACAUCGGGCAUUAUCGUGGAAACAGUUGCAGGCGGGUGGCUGGCGCAUGUGCUGGCGGCGCAAGCAGGCUUGGGCGGGAAUGACUAUGUGCACAGUAUACUGUCCAGUGAUGCCCUAAAAUGAAUGUCCUGUGUAUGGUAGCGCUCUGCUGAGACCAGGCAACACUGCACGGAUGGGAUGGGCUGCGGGGCGGUGUCCUGCUGGUCAUAAGCAGGGCGCAACUGACAGCUGCGGUUGGAGGGGUGCAUGUAUGGUAAUACUGUAUGCAAAACCAUGCGUGGGGGCGUGGGGGGUGGAGCACCGCGUGGGAGCUGGGGCAUGCAUGCAGAUGCGCGGGGGCCGCCUCCGCUUGGUCCUCAGCUGGCAUGUGUCAAUGAUAAGCAAUACCCAUUCCGUGUAGCGGACAGGGCAGUUCGCAGAGGUGCGAUGGAACCGGCAAAGUAAGGGGUAGGGUGGUGAAACCCUGAUGCUAAGUAAUGCAGUGUGUUGCUAGGACAAGGCGGUCCGCGGGAGCGGUGCACCGGGUGGUGACCGAGGUGUGUGCUAAAGAAACAACAAAACGAAGCCCGAGGCGCGUGUGUGUGUGUGUGUGUGUGUUUAAAGAGCACAAGGAAAAACACGUGUGUGUGUGUGUGUGUGAGUGUUUUAGUGUGUGUGCAGGUGGAGUGGUGGUAGGUACAAGAGCUGGCUGCGUUAGCGGCUUGGGGUCAGCCUGAGCGGUCUGGUCACUGUGGGUUCUGUGCACAACCAACAGGCUGUAGCAUGCUCGAGGCUGUACGGAUUCACGGGCUCCUUUCCCGUGUGUGUCCUUUGACAAAGGAUAAUUAAGCAUGUAGUUCUACUGGCUUGUUCGGCUGUGUGUGUGUGUGUGUGUGUGUGUGUGUGUGUGUGUGUGUGUGUGUGUGUGUGUGUGUGUGUGUGUGUGUGUGUGUGGCGUAGCAGCUAAUGCCGCGCGUCCCGCCAUGCAGUGCUUUGCGGACGUGCUUAUAAAAUGCAGCAGGUGGCCGGCGGUCCUUGUUUGGUGCCGGUGAUUGCCUGAUGUGCAGACUCAAUGCAGACAGGGAUGUCAGGCUGCCCUGAAUCACUGAACGUAUGUACGGUAAACGCUGAUGCAUGGCAAGGUCGCUUCUGGUUAUAAUUGCGACAUUAUAAGAGAGGACAACCAGGGCUUGCACCUUCGGGGAGUAGCAAUAACCGGGCCCCAAUGCAGGCCCAGGGGCGAGAAAGACUGGGCACUUCCGGGGGUGCAUUCUCGCCGCGUGGGGCUGCAUACGGUCCCUGAAUCUCGCAGGAAGAUGCAAGCCCUGAGGACAACCCGAGCGUCCAACCACGCAUGGACCAUCGAAUGCUGCCUGGAGUAACUUGAACCAGGGGAUCCUGCCCCUAAUUAGAAACCA